AUGGCUCCCCCAGUAUCAAAAUGGUGGCAAGAGCCCAACGAGGCCGACCUCGACUACGGAUUCGAUUCUGACGAACCGGAUACCAGAUAUAACGAACCUGAUCGAAACACCUCCCACGAAAAUAGAAGCAAAUCGAGAGACAUCCAGAAUACAUACGAUAAGGGUGUGAUUGCAAGCAUGUCUUCUUGGCUCCACCGUCAGGCUGGUACCCCCCACGGACAGCUUGCGACAGCGGCCGUCGUAUCCGGCGCAGCUGUCGCAAGUGCCAUCCUUGGGUACCAGUCAUACAAGCGCAAGGAAGCUGUUCAUGAUCUGAAGGCUUCGAUCCCAAGUAUAGAUGAUUUGCAUGCUGCAGAAAUGCUCACCGAUUUUGGCGCUGCCUCGAAUGGAAUACAGCUGAGCAAGGAAGAUCAGCGCAGUGCAGCUUUAGCUCGCAGAGCGCAACAGGGGGACUACGAUGAUGAACAGCUCGCCCGCAACCGUGUGUUCCUUGGCGAUGAAGGCCUUGCCAAGCUCCGAUCGUCAUUCAUUGUCGUUGUCGGCUGUGGUGGUGUUGGUUCGCAUGCCGCUGCCUCCCUGGCCAGAUCGGGCGUGUCAAAAAUCCGGCUCAUUGAUUUCGAUCAAGUCACACUAUCAUCGCUGAACCGACACGCUGUAGCGACAUUGGCUGAUGUUGGGACGCCUAAGGUCCAGUGCAUCCGGAGGCGAUUGGAACAAAUCGCGCCGUGGGUCAUGUUCGAUUGUCGGAAUGAGCUCUAUGGAAAGGCCGCAUCUGACGAUCUUCUUGGCCCGUGGUCUCUGACACACGACGGGGAGGGCCGUAGACCAGAUUUUGUGUUGGAUUGUAUCGAUAACAUUACGUCCAAGGUAGAGUUGCUACACUAUUGCCACACGAACUCCUUGCCUGUGAUUUCGUCGACGGGUGCAGGGUGCAAGUCAGACCCGACUCGCGUCGUGGUCGGUGACAUCUCGCUCAGCACCGAUGAUCCUUUGUCCCGCGCUACACGCCGCAGACUAAAGCUCCUUGGUGUUUCGUCAGGCGUCGCAGCCGUGUUCUCAACAGAGAAACCGGGCCCGGGCAAGGCUACCCUACUUCCUCUCCCCGAGGAUGAGUUCAUCAAGGGUCAAGUUGGUGAGCUUGGAGUUCUUCCUGACUUCCGAGCCCGCAUUCUCCCAGUGCUAGGGACCAUGCCCGCAGUCUUUGGUUACACAGUAGCCAACCACGUUAUCUGCACUAUUGCUGGCUACCCGCUUGACUACAACAUGGGCGCCAAGGGCCGCGAGAAACUCUACGAUACCAUUUUAAAUGCAUUGCUAAACUUGCAUGAAAGAAUGAUUAAACAAACCACCGGUCAAGAUACCGUGGGACUUCGCGCUCCUCUCAGCAAGGAUGACAUUGCAUUCGUUGUAGAGGAAGUAUACCGGGGAAAGAGUGCGAUCAGUGGCUUGUCGAACAGACUGGCUCUCGUUCCCUGGCAAACUCCCGCACAUGGAUGGAAGAUGGAUCUGAGUCUUGAGAAAGAGGGACAAAAGACCGUCCCGAUGAACAUCAAUGAACUGGUUUGUAUGACGAAGGAGGAGGCUCUCCGACACGAAAACGAGGUGCUUAAGGGUGGCAAGAAAGUGGAAGAGGUAUAUGAUGAGACUGUUCUCCAGCGUGUAAACCUGCGCAGACGGGAAGCGGAGGAGAGGAUGGCGCCUCUUGACUCCCAUCUGCAGGACUUCGAGACCAACAGGGCAGAUAACGACUACCACCCGACCACAACCCACCGUCCCUCCUACCCAAAACAAUUUACACAAUAUUCUCGCCCACUGAUUGAUUCCGCUAGAAACGAAUGGCAAUUUAGAGCCGCUGCAGAUUCCCAGCGCGCCUCCAGCUCCUCCGCGGAUGACAUCAAAUCCCCGGGAUGGUCCCAAAUGGCUCUCUCGGUAGUUUCCGCGCCGCGGUUCCGACAUGUGCUGAUAUAUGUCGCGUUGUUUAUAUUUGCAUUUAUCGGUUGGCGAAUGCUGGUUUCUCCACGACUACAAGAGCAAAAAUCCCUGUUGCAUUCACUUGAUCCGACAUCUGAGACAGAGACAGGUGGGUGGUUCGGGACAAACUCAAACCCUCAGUUCGACGGCUUGAUUCAGAUCCGUACCUUGGACCCAAACCUGGUGCCUGGGAACAUAGCGGGAGUGGUCUCAGGGAAAUCUAGUCGGAAACGGCUAAUCAUUGUGGGCGACGUGCAUGGCUGUAAAGAUGAGUUGGUGCAACUUCUUGAAAAGGUUUCUUUCAACCAAGCAGGUGGUGAUCACCUUAUUUUUGUCGGUGACAUGAUCAACAAAGGACCAAACAGUCCAGGAGUUGUGGACUUAGCUCGACAGCAUUCGGCAUCUGGUGUCCGUGGAAACCACGAGGACCGGAUUUUGCUUCUUCGCCACGAGAUGGUGAAUACUGAAACUCUCGCAACCCCCGAUGACGAUGAAGACGCUCGUUUCUCAUCCAAAGAACUUGGCGAGCGUGUAGUCGCGCGGUCUUUGAGCGACGAGCAAGCUCAGUGGCUGGAGAACUGUCCAGUGAUUCUAAAUGUUGGCCAAGUUCCAGGCAUGGGCCAGGUGGUUGUUGUUCAUGCGGGUCUAGUACCGGGCAUCGAACUUGAGAAGCAAGACCCUUCUAGCGUGAUGACUAUGCGGACCAUUGAUCUAGAUACGCAUGUACCCAGUCCGAAAAAGAACGGCAUGAAUUGGGCUAAAAUGUUUGAUAAGCAUCAAUCAAAAUUAUACUCGAGCCUCGAGACUUCCACUGAAGAUCCCCUUGCAGGCACCAUGACUGUUGUCUAUGGCCACGAUGCUUCUAGGUCUCUUUCCAUCCGCACAUUCACAAAGGGUCUUGACUCGGGUUGUGUGAAGGGGGGAAGCUCACGGCUUUGGUUAUAG